AUGACCUUCAUCCUCACAGCCCUGCUCUGCCUUGUUUUUUAUGGUAAACCCACCCUCUCAGCCCUGCCAAGCCGUGUGGUGACCUCAGGAGGUUCAGUGAUCCUCAAGUGUGCGUCAUGGCCAAAAUUUGACAAGUUCAUUCUGACUAACGAAGGACAACAAAACCUGUCCUGGACGCUGGACUCAAGCCAACCCUUCUUUGGGCAGUUUGAGGCCCUGUUUACUGUGGGCCCUGUGACCCCCAGCUAUAAGUGGAUGUUCAGAUGCUACGGGUACCACAGGAACAACCGCCAAGUGUGGUCAGAACCUAGUGACCCUGUGGAGCUUUUUGUAUCAGGUGUGUCUAGGAAGCCCUCCCUCCUCGCCCCACAGGGCCCUAUGCUGGCCUCUGGACAGAGCCUGACCCUCCAGUGUCGCUCUGAUGUUGGCUAUGACAGAUUUACUCUGUCCCAGGAUGGCGGACGUGUCCUUACUGAGCGCCCUGGCUGGCAGCCCCAGGCUGGGGUCUCUCAGGUUGACUUCCCCCUGGGCCCUGUGAGGGGCUCCCACGGGGGUCAGUACAGAUGCUACGGUAGAUACAACAUCUCCUUAGAGUGGUCAGCCCCCAGUGACCCCCUGGACAUCCUGAUCUCAGGACAGCUCUUUUACAGGCCCUUCCUCUUGGUGCAGCCAGGCUCCACGGUGGUCUCAGGAAAGAAUGUGACCUUUGUGUGCCAGUCAUUGAGCCCAACAGCCACCUUCUUUCUGGCUAAGGAUGGGGCAGUUGAUCCCCCUCUGCAGCUCAGAUCAAAGCUCAGAGCUGGACGGUACCAGGCUGAAUUCUCCAUGGGUCCUGUGACCUCAGCCCAUGGAGGAACCUAUAGGUGCUAUGGCUCUCGCGGACUCUACCUCUACCUAUUGUCACAGCCCAGUAAUCCCCAGGAGCUCAUGGUCUUAGAACUCGCUGUGGAGCCUAGCACCCCACCCACAGAUCUGACUUCAACAGCUGCACCUUCUGGACACCCCAGCCCCCCACCCACACAGCAGACCUCAGUAACUGAACUCUCUGUGCACCCCAGACCCCAACCCACAGAUCUGCCCUCAACAGCUGGACCCUCCAUGCACCCCAGCCCCAACUCCACAGAGCCAAUCUCAACAGCUGCACCCUCUGGGCACCCCGGCCCCCAACCCACAGACUGGACCUCAACAGCUGAACCUUCCGUUCAACCGAGCCCCCAGCCAACAGAGCUGACCUCAGCAGGCGGACGCUCUCUGGACCCCAGCCCCCCACCCACAGAGAUGACCUCAAUGGCUGGAACUUCCCUGCACCCCAGCUCCCUGCCCACAGAAGCAGCCUCAACAGCAGACCUGGGAACAUUCUUGGCGGUUCUGAUUGGGAUAUCAGUGGCCUUCAUCCUGCUGCUCUUCCUUGCUCUCUUCCUCCUAUGCUGGUGUCACGGAAACACAGGUCAUUGGGUCCAGUCCAGCUGCUGA